CAGCUGCUCUGUCCCUUUCAUAUUUUAAAAAUCAAGAAUCUCAAAUCUAUGGCGGACAGAAGUCAAAAUAUGGUCAGGAGGCUUCAAGCUUCGGCCUCAAUGGCGUCUGCUGGCGGCGGCCAAGACGAUGCGGAGAAUCCAAUGGUCAACCGGUCCGAUAAUAGGCGGCCGCGGUUCGCCCAAUCGGCACCGCAGCAGCAGAUGUUUCAGCCAUCACGAGCGCCACACAGAGUCUGUCCGUCAUGUACGGUGGAGGAAGACGAGAAUGUGAUUCCGCUGGAAUCCGAUUCCGAUUUGGGCUCAGGAGGGACUCCGAUGGAAGACGUGGAUGAUGAUGUCUGGAUCGUGGAUGAUUUGGGGCAACAUCAGAAUCACCAUUCUGAUAGUGGAUAUUCGAGUUCUAGCCCGGUUUCAUCGCCGAUCAGAGAUUCAAGCAGAGACAUUCCGGUGGUGUUCACCGAUCCAGACGUGCUCGAUUGUCCGAUCUGCCUCGAACCAUUACGCUCUCCAAUCUACCAGUGUCAAAAUGGGCACAUAGCAUGCUCCUGUUGUUGCACGAAAUCGAAUCACAAGUGUCCUUCAUGCUGCUUGCCGAUUGGAUUCAACCGAUGUCGAGCUAUGGAGAAGCUAGUCAAUUCAAUCACAGUAGACUGCGAAAACAAGGAGUAUGGAUGCACAGAGCCAUUGAUUUACCAUAUGAAAGCUCAGCAUGAACACGUAUGUAGCCAUACAUUAUGUUUCUGUCCUCUUUCAUCCUGCGGGUUUACCGGUUCUUACGCCAACCUGUACGUUCAUUUCCGCACCCAUCAUUCAUCUUCUGCUACUCCUUUCACCUUCAACACCACCUUCAAUAUUGAUGUCAAAAGAGGUCAAAAGUAUAUAAUUCUUCAAGAACAGAAUGAAAGGGUCAUCUUCGUCCUCAACCAUGACAUUCAAGGACAUGGGAGAGUUUUUAAUGUGGAUUGCGUAGGACCAAACGUAUUUAGGGCUGCUUUUGUAUACAAACUUAGUGUGAGAUGCUCGGAGACAUGUUUCUCGAUAAAGAGUGUACCUGAGGUGAGUGGAAAGUGGGAGCAACAUACCCCCAACAAGAACUAUCUAACCAUCCCAUCUGAGAUCUUGAGGUUCACCAUAGAAUUACGUAUAAAGAGAGGUUUUCUGGUCUGUUGAUGGGAUAGAGUUGGUGAAAAUUAUAGGGCUGGUGUGUAAGGGAGCAUAGAUUUUAUUAGUUUAGCUGCCAUGGUCACCUCGGCUGUUUUUUAAAUGAGAAAGCUGAAAAUGGAAGUUUUGCCUGUUAACAUUACUUGUAAGUUUAGAAGGCACAGGUCUAACGUACAUUUAAACUUUUCUUCAAGAAAAUGC